AUGGAGCCGAAAAUUCUUCUUCUCUUGUUAUUGAUCGGCACAGCCUUAAGCAUGCCAUGCAAACCUAAGUGUGGAUCUGGCGGUGGACAGUGCGGUAGCCAAGGCUGUGACAAGAGCUGUGAUCAUGGCUGUGCAGAUGGCUGUGAUUGUGGCUGUAAACAUGGCUGUGAUAGUGGCUGUAAACAUGGCUGUGAACAUGGCUGUAAACAUAGCUGUUAA